AGGUGGUGCGCGUGCCACAUGCACAACACUGAAAAUACAAACUGUACCUGGCUACGUUAGCCACCAAGGAGCUUCUUAACGUAAGCUACGAAUAAAACUUUUAUUUAUGAGGAAAUGACAAUUUGUGUGGGGAAAUAACGACAGGGCCCUCCUUCCAAAGUCCUCGACUUUUGGAUUAUUUGGUUUUCAGUUCGUCUGUGAUUUUAAAAACGAGGUGCAGAUACCUUGUUGCUUGGGGUCUAGAGCAGUAGACGCACACACCUCAGCAGUCCAGAAAAUGUUAAAGAAAUGAUAGCAGCGCAGGAUUUGCACACAGAGUUUCAAUUUGCUCAAGAGGCAGAAUCUCAGUUGUCUUCUGAUACCGAUCUUGAGGAUCCUGAUGGCAAAAAUGCAAAGACAGGAAAGGGCAUGGCAGCCAAGAAAGGGAAGAAGGCGAUUGGAGACAAGGCCAAAGGUGGGGGAGCAGGGAGGGCCCCCGGUCUUGGCAGGGUGAACGGCCAUCAUCAGGAGAACGGGAUGGACAACAUGACCCUGUUCGAGGUGGUUAAGAUGGGGAAGAGUGCCACACAGUCCGUUGUCGAUGACUGGAUUGAGGCAUACAAGAACAACAGGGACCACGCUCUCUUGGACUUAAUCAACUUCUUCAUUCAAUGCUCCGGCUGCAAAGGCGCUGUGAGCGGAGAGAUGUUCAGACACAUGCAGAACUCGGAAAUCAUCCGAAAAAUGACAGAGGAGUUUGAUGAGGACAGCGGUGACUACCCGUUUACUAUGUCAGGGCCACAGUGGAAGAAAUUCCGGAUAAGUUUCUGUGACUUCAUUGCGGUUCUGGUGCGUCAGUGUCAGUACAGCAUCAUUUACGAUGAGUACAUGAUGGACACGGUCAUCUCACUGCUCACCGGCCUGUCCGACUCACAGGUCAGGGCGUUCAGACAUACGAGCACACUGGCAGCCAUGAAGCUGAUGACGGCCUUGGUGAAUGUCGCCCUCAACCUGAGCAUCAACAUGGACAACACGCAGAGACAGUAUGAUGCGGAGAGGAACAAGGUGGUUGCCAAAAGGGCCAGCGAUAGGCUGGAGCUCCUCUUACAGAAGCGUAAAGAGCUUCAAGAAAAUCAAGAUGAAAUUGAAAACAUGAUGAAUGCGAUUUUCAAAGGAGUGUUUGUGCACAGAUAUCGUGAUGCUAUUGCUGAAAUCCGAGCUAGUUGUAUUGAGGAGAUCGGAGUGUGGAUGAAGUUGUACAGUGACGCCUUCCUCAAUGACAGUUACCUGAAGUAUGUUGGCUGGACAAUGCACGACAAGCAAGGUGAGGUGCGACUGAAGUGUCUGGGUGCCCUCCAAAGCCUGUUCCACAGCAGAGAGCUUGGCGCGCGCCUGGAGCUCUUCACAAGUCGCUUCAAGGACCGCAUUGUGUCCAUGACUCUGGACAAGGAAUACGAUGUUGCAGUACAAGCCAUCAAGCUUCUGACACUUGUCCUACAGUGCAGUGAUGAGGUGCUGACAGCAGAGGACUGUGAGAGUGUUUAUCAUCUGGUUUACUCAGCACAUCGACCCAUCGCUGUUUCUGCUGGAGAAUUUCUGUACAAGAAGCUCUUCAGCCAUCGAGGGCCUGAAGAGGAGGGAUUACCCAGGAGGGGCAGGCACAGCCUCAAUGGCAGCCUGAUCAAGACAACUGUCUUCUUCUUCUUGGAGAGCGAGCUCCAUGAACAUGGGGCCUACUUGGUGGAUAGCUUGUGGGAGUGUGGGUCAGAGCUGCUGAAGGACUGGGAGACGAUGAUCAGCCUGCUGCUGGAUGAGCCCGUGCCAGGAGAGGAGGCACUGACCGAUCGCCAGGAGACGGCUCUGGUGGAGAUAAUGCUCUGCGUCAUCCGGCAGGCUUGUGAAUGCCACCCUCCUGUAGGCCGAGGCACGGGGAAAAGGGUCCUGAGUGCCAAAGAGAAGAAGACCCAGCUGGACGAUCGGACACGGAUCACAGAGAUGUUUGCGGUCGCAUUGCCCCUGUUGUUGUCGAAGUACUGCGUCGAUAUCGAUAAGGUGACCAAUUUGCUGCAAAUACCAAAGUACUUUGAUCUUGACAUCUACACAACGGGCCGGUUAGAAAAGCAUUUGGAUGCCUUGUUGCGGCAAAUCUGGGAAGUCCAGGAUAAGCACACAGACACUGAGGUGCUGGAGGCCUGCUCGACCACCUACCACUCUCUCUGCAACGAGGAAUUCACCAUAUUCAACCGCGUGAACAUCACUCGCUCCCAGCUGCUCGAUGAACUCGUAGACAAGUUCAAUAGACUCCUGGAGGACUUUCUGCAAGAGGGCGGAGAACCAGACGAAGAUGAUUCCUACCAGGUUCUGGCUACACUCAAGAAGAUCACUGCUUUCCACAAUGCGCAUGACCUCUCUAAAUGGGAUCUUUUCACCGGCAACUACCGGCUACUUAACACAGGUCUGCAGAACGGGGACAUGCCUGAACAGAUUGUGAUUCACGCUAUGCAGUGCACACAUUACAUCAUCCUGUGGCAUCUAGCGAAGGUUUCUGAUGGCAGUUCAUUGAAGGGUGAUAUGGUGACCCUGAGAAAGCAAAUGAGAGCUUUCUUCUUAAUGUGUCAGCGUUACUUGAACAGCAUCAACAGCGCCGUUAAAGAACAGGCCUUCACCAUACUUUGUGAUCUGCUAUUGAUCUUCAGUCACCAAAUUAUGUCUUCAGGCCGGGAACGACUGGAGCCUCUGGUCUAUACACCAGACUCUUCUUUGCAGGCAGAGAUGCUAAACUUCAUCCUGGAUCAAGUGUUCAUUGAUCAGGAUGACGACAACAACAGCAUAGACGGACAGCCAGAUGAUGAAGCCAGUAAAAUUGAGGAUCUGCACAAGCGAAGAAAUCUUUUAGCUUCCUAUUGCAAAUUAAUAAUUUACAAUGUGGUGGAAAUCAACACCGGAGCAGAUAUAUUUAAACAAUAUAUGAGGUAUUACAAUGACUAUGGAGAUAUCAUCAAGGAAACGUUGAGUAAAACAAGACAAAUCGACAAAGUUCAAUGCGCAAAGACACUCGGCUUGAGUCUGCAAAUGUUAUUCAAUGAGAUGUUGUCAGAACUUGGCUUUAAUGUUGAUCGCUCAACAUCCGCCUUCUGUGGCAUAAAGGAGCUUUCCCGGCGCUUCUCGUUGACUUUUGGCUUGGAUCAGAUGAAGACCAGGGAGGCUAUUGCUAUGUUACACAAGGAUGGGAUUGAGUUUGCUUUUAAGGAGCCUAGUCCCCAAGGACAGGGUAGUCCACCUCUCAAUCUAGCCUUUUUGGAUAUCCUGAGCGAGUUCUCCAGCAAACUUAUUCGUCAGGACAAGAGAACAGUUCACAUGUACCUGGAGCGAUUCAUGACCGUUCAGAUGGCGCUGCAGCGAGAGGACUGCUGGCUGCCCCUCAUCUCCUACAGGAACUCCUUACAGGCAGGAGGAGAUGAUGACACCAUGUCUGUCAUGAGUGGGAUUAGCAGUCGCGGGUCCACCAGGAGUAAGAAAUCCAAGCAAGGCACCGCUAGCAAAAGGAAAUUGCCUGAAGCAGAGGAGAACAGCUGCAGCAGCAGCGAUGCCGUCUGGAUGAACCGCGAGCAGAACGCGCAGACACUCAUGAUGCAUUCGCCCCACCUCACCUCCACUGUACUCCGGGAUCCAAAGAAGAUGAGGCCGGAGGACAGCUACACUGCCGCAUUCACCAUGCCACCAGAGCAGCAUCCCCAUCAGCCCGCGCCUCUCCAGCAGCCACCGCACCAUCCCCACGAGGCUGCUAUCGAUUACAAUACCCAGGUCACUUGGAUGUUGACUCAGAGACAACAAGCGGAAGCCCGUCAGCAGCAGGAGCGUGUUAGCGUGCACUAUGCCAAGAUGAGGAACCACAUGCAGCAAGCAAUACGUCGAGGCUCAGGACUUAUGGAGGACGAUGAGGAACCGAUAGUGGAAGACGUGAUGAUGUCAUCAGAGGAGCGCUUGGAGGACAUCAAUGAGGGCAUGGAUUUUGACACGAUGGACAUUGAUUUGCCAGCAUCAAAGAAUCGCAGAGAAAGAACUGAACUAAAGCCGGACUUCUUUGAUCCAUCUUCCAUCAUGGAUGAUUCGGUUCUCAAUGUUUCAAUGUUCUAAAAAAUAUUGCAUCAAGGAAAGUAUUUUUACCCAAAUCCUUGGAAGAUGGAUGACGGAAAUCUGAAUGGAGCAAAAUGGACUGCUAUAAAUGAUUUGUGAGACACCAAUGUUUGCCUCUUUAACGCUUUGUUAAAACUUAAAGCGAGAGCAUGAAUUUGAAUUUCAUUUUGAUACUUUCAUGCAGGACUUUUGUCACAAUGCAGUAAGACAGGCUUAUGUUUUUGUUCAGAUACCCUGAAACCAACCUAAUGUUAGCUCAUCACACCAAGUUAAAGCCGUACCAAAAUGAUGCGGCAAGUGCAUGGUGAGGGGACAAUAACUGACUCAAAUUAAAAUGAAUAAUAUAUACACCUUUAAUCUUUUAUAUUCAGUAGACAAUAAAGGUUUGUAAAUACAUAAUGGCCAAUAUACAGGAGUGGUGAACACAAUUUCAUGAAUUACAGCUGAUAAAACAAUAUAAACCCUGCAAAUUAGUACUACCUUUCUGAUGCUUAUUUGAUGAAUAAUGACACUGUAUUUUGUUACAGAGGUAUAAAUUCAAGUUUAUGGUCAUUUCACAGCCAUAUUUUUCGAAAUGAUUAUGGGCUCCAAUCAAUGCCUCACUGAUACAAUCUUGACAAAAAUUCAACAUCAUAAGCUUUUUAAAUACCACAUUUAUUGCAGGGCUAUUAAAUUGGGCUGCGAUGCAUUGUAAUGGUGUGUUUUUGUGUUUACCACCUGUCCUUUUAAACUGUAGACUUUGGCAUGGCACGUAGCCAUAUAUCAAAACAUGUACACAGUAAAGUAUAAUGUGAACUGGCGUCUCAUACUGUUCAAAUGCCUUGCCAGAAAUGAUAUAUGACAUUCUCAGAUUUCUUUGUGAUGGUAUUUUUUAGAAAUGUAUGAGUUCUGCUUUUAUAUCUUAUAGAUAACUUUGAUUUAUAGAUAUUUUGUAAAGACAAUCAAAUGUAUAUGACUGGUUUCUAAUCCUGUUAUUUCACAUGGAUGUUGAAAUAAUCCUUUUUAAUGAAAAUGAUUGUUAGUAUAGACAUGGCCAGAUAUUUGUAUUUUGCAUUUGAUCUCUAUAACAAAUGGGAGCAAAAGUAAUGUAUUGCUCAAAUGUAGUUAUUUGGAAAAAGAAUGGCUGCAUCUAAAAUUAUUUUUUAGUAUUGGGAGCCUUCACAAUCUCAAAGAUUCAUUUUGACUCAAUCUUAAACAUGUAAACCUCUCCUAUAUCUUGACUAUUUUUCUCCGCUGUAUAGUAUCUAAUACUAUCAAAUAACAAAGUCAUGGAAUUAUUGCAAUAUUUAGAAGAAUGGAUAUAUUAAAUGGUUGCAGAAGGUGUGCAUUGUUAUUUUGUUUAGUUUUUUCCAUUUGGCAAGUGUGCAGAGGAUUCCGUCAAAAAGCCAACUUGUUGAGCUACUGUUGAGUGUUUAAGAACUGUUGAGAUAUUCUAAAUUACAACUUUUUAGAAAUUUUGUCAAUUAUCAUAGGAUAAGAAUGGUAUAUUAUACAAUUACAGAUGUGUAAUAUACUGUGAAUCUGUGACCAUUUUAUAUUUGCAGUUUCUAUGCUUGGUAUUUUAGUAAAGGGUUAAGUAGAUUGUAACUUUUCUUUGAGUUAAGCAACUCAUUUAAAAAAAAUAUACACAUACAGUUCAUUGUUUUGUCUGUCUUUCAAUCGAUUGUUGUGAUAUUUCUUUACCUUUGUGUAUUGGCAUGGAUGGCAGAUUCAGAUUUGAUGGAAAAUGGUGUAGUCAUAUUUUAGUUAAAUACAAAUCCCUUAUUUUCCUCAGAAUCUCACUAUCAGUGAAGCAGAUCAUGUGGUCCUAACCUUUUAAUAUAUACAAACUGACUAUUCAUAUGAAGCAGAUGAGAAAAAUGUGUUUCCAGUGAAUUUAUCCGAUAAUUCUGAACCUCCUCUGUUUUGCAUUGAACUUCUGAAAAUGUCCACACAUCUGUAUGUUCAGACAUAUUUAAAUCUUUGUGUAUAUUAAAUUUGUGUUUUUACUCAA